AUGGCGGCUUUCAUGGUAGCAAAAAGAUGCAUUUUACUAAGCCGGCAAGUUUUAUGCCCAACCAGAUUGUCAUUCUCAAUACCUCGGUUCAAAAGAAGUUACUGUUGCAUCAGCCUGAAGUAUGUGUGUAAAGAUCACCAUAGAGCACAUCUAUUUGCGUCCUAUUUAAUGAGGAAUCCUGGAUUGAGACGAAAAUCCACUAAGGCUUUGCUUAAAGUUGGAUAUUUAAAAAGGACCGCUGAAAUAUUUUUCUUGAUAUUCAUUAUUGUGACCUUAAUCCGAUGUUACAUUUAUGCAUGGUAUGAGAACGUCAUGUUUGGUCACGCCAUUUCAUUUGAGGAUUAUGUUGACCGGUAUCUUAAAACAGAUUUGGUUGAAAAAGAUGCUUAUAUCUACAAGACUAUGAUGCAGAUUCAAGAAAACGACAAAGGAGUUUGGAAGAGGCUGAGAGAUUCAGGGUUUUUCUCCCAGAAAAGACCAGUAGACGAAUAUGAACAUGUUUUGAUUUCACUAAAUUUUGAAAAGAUAAAAGAAAAAUUCAAUGGAGAAUUCCCAAAGGAACUAGUGAAGCCGCCAAAUGCAGGUGACACAUACUUUGUUGUGGUGAAAAUGGCUGAAGGAAAGCACUUCUCUGAGGAGAUUCAGAACUGGAUUAAAAACCAAGACGACGUAAACAUUACCCCUAUGUCAUAUAGUUCUCUGGAAAUGUCACAGCUCGUUAUGCCAUUUUUAAAGUUUACAUUAAUGACUUGUUUUGGUCUGAUGUUUAUUCAGACGUUAAUUUCUUAUGCCAUCCUUCUGCAUCCACAAAAAUUUUCUGCGAUGAUGAGGAAUUUUUCAAAAACACGUUCAGCGAUGAAGAAGAAUCUUGAUUAUUUGUAUUGCCAAGGAACUGUCCCAGAGGUACGUUUGAAAGAUGUUGUUGGCCACACACAGGCAAAGAACCUGUUGGAUAAAAAUGCCAGGCAAUUGAAAAGGGCAAGUUUAAGUAAACCAGACAAAAUAAUGAGACAGAGUAUUUUACUUGUUGGUCCAAAAGGAUGUGGAAAGUCGGUACUGACCCAGGCUUUUGCAGGAGAAAUAGGGGCUCCAUUGGUGAACAAGUCGCGACUUGCAACAUCUGUUGUUGAUAGUUGUAAGAUCCAUAAAGGGUUUAUAGAUGUUGACAGCCUGAAGAAUGUAACUGUUGUGUGCGAGAGUCAGGCUGAUCUCAUAACAUACCUUGACCUGGAUGAUACACAUAGUAAUGUUAAAGAGGGGAAUCAGAAAAUAUUGUGGGACCUUCAACAAAAGACAUCUUUGAUUCAUAUAUAUGGCAUGGAAGAUUCCACUACGUUUAAAAAGUUCAAAGCUGACAAGAAGAUACUGAAGAAAAAGGAAUCCAAUAAGAAACCUGGUUUAAUGUCUUUAGAAAUUGACAGUGAAGAAGAUAUUGACCCAAAUCAAUGUAUUAAGGGUUAUGAAGAGAACAGUGACAUGUUUCAUGAUGUGGAAACUCUAACAAUAGAUCUCAGUUAUCCCACCUUUGAUGACAGGAAGGCUUUGUUCGCAACUUACAUGAGAGGUUUAACCUCAUACAGUUACAUUGAUGAUGUUGUAGCAGAUUUGUCAGCCAUCACAGAAGGAAAAAGUGCACCUGAAAUUGUUGAGGUAUGCAAGAAGAUUGCAGAGUGGAAACAUCCCCAGAUCUCGCAUCCUGAUGACAAAAAUGUGUACCAGUCAACAUGUCUAAGAAUUGAAAGAGCAUCCAACAUGGCCAAGUGGGUGCCAGUGCCUCUACAGUCUGAGGUGAUAGCAUUACACCGGGCAGGGCAUACCCUCCUGGCAGCUAGAUUGGAACACUUCAACAUUCUUCCAAAGCUUGUCCAGGAACCAUCAGAUCCACAGCAAUUCCAAGGAUUUAUGGAAGUCAUACCACCAAAAUCUCUGAAUCACUCGGGGGACCAGUUAUUUAACCUACUGAGCCUGAACAUGGCUGGAGUUUUAGCGGAGUUAGUGUCUAGAAAGUGUUUGACUACAGUGGGAAAAAACUUCUUUGAGAAAGUGCAAGCAGACUUCAAGACCAAAAUAAGAGACCAAGUAAUAAUGACCAUGAAACAGCCAGAACUUAAAAUGGCCUUAAGUCAUACAGGCAGGUCAAGUGGAACUCUCGAUGAGGCUUUAAUAGCAGAUGCCUUGGUGGAAAGAGAUGUGAACAAUACUAUCGGCAUGAUAUUUACACAAACUGAAGAAGUUCUACAGAAAGAUCGUGAUAUACUACAACAGUUGACAAGCCAUUUCCUACAACACAGUCUCAAGCGGACAGAAAUUGAUUAUAAAAGAGUGGCACACAUUCUUCAAACCUCAAAACAAUUUGAAGUAUGGAGUUGGGAUCGGAAAACAAAAUCAACUCCUGAUUGAAGAUGGAAGGAAAUAGAAAAUGUGGAUUUAUAAAUUAUACCCCAACAUUACAAAGUCGGUGAUAGCGGGGGAUAUAAAGGAAUGUUCUUGUUGGUAUACAUGUUUAACACCUUAACAUAGAAUCAAGUCAGACUUUUGGUUACAGACUACAGUCAUACCUGUAUUUAGUGGCCACCAUUGGGGAAAAAGGUUAAAUUGGAUGCUUAAGACAGGUGCCCACUUAAUGCAGGGUGGAAAUUGCUGCCACUAUCUUUAAAAUAACAAUUGGCCAUCUAAACCACCACCCCACAUUGCUACUCAUUUUUGAAAGAGUUGUGGCCCCUCUUUAUCAUAGAAGUUGCCAAAAAUACUGUGUCUGGACAGCCAAAAAUACUGUGUCUGGACAAUAAUGAAUGAGUUGACAAAUUGAAAUAUAAAUUACACAUGUUCAACACCAAAUAAUACAGAUCAAGUUUGACUUUGGUAACAAACUUUGAAUUUUUGACGCACCCGGUAGUUAUGGCCCCAUUUCAACAAAGAAGUUUCCAAAAACACAUUGUCCAGAUAGAAAUUCAGGAAUAUAUGCCAAAAUGAGAUAUUUAGAACUAUUAUUACUUUAAAUGAUUACAAUGUCAUUGAUUUGAACAUCCAACAUAUCAAAGAUACUGAAAUAUCUUUAAAUAAAAUCAUUUUGA